CCCCGCCCCAGUCUGCUUCGUUCUGCGUCCACCCGGCACUCGGAGCAACCCCGGCGGCUGCGCGACAGUCCCCGCCAUGUCUGCAGCCAUGAGGGAGAGGUUCGAUCGGUUCUUGCAUGAGAAGAAUUGCAUGACCGACCUCCUAGCCAAGUUGGAGGCCAAGACCGGCGUGAACCGGAGCUUCAUAGCGCUCGGUGUCAUCGGGCUAGUGGCCUUGUACCUGGUGUUCGGUUAUGGAGCCUCUCUCCUCUGCAACCUGAUAGGAUUUGGCUACCCAGCUUAUGUCUCAAUGAAAGCCAUAGAGAGUCCUAACAAGGAUGAUGAUACUCAGUGGCUGACCUACUGGGUAGUGUAUGGUGUGUUCAGCAUUGCUGAAUUCUUCUCUGAUCUCUUCCUGUCAUGGUUCCCCUUCUACUAUAUGCUUAAGUGUGGCUUCCUGUUGUGGUGCAUGGCCCCGAGUCCUUCUAAUGGGGCUGAAUUUCUCUACAAGCGCAUCAUUCGUCCUUUCUUCCUGAAGCACCAGUCUCAGGUGGAUAGUGUGAUGAAGGACCUGAAGGACAAAGCCAAAGAGACUGCAGAUGCCAUCACUAAAGAAGCCAAGAAAGCUACGGUGAAUUUACUGGGUGAAGAGAAGAAGAGUACCUAAACCCUUGAACGGAUGGAGCCUUCCCGCCCAGCCCCCUGUACCUUCCUCUUAGAGCUUGACAUUAUUUUAGGGACUGUGGUAUAAUCAUUUUAAUGUUGCCUUGGAAACAUUUUUUGAUAUUAAAAAAUGGAAUGUGUUGUAAGGGUUUUUUUUUUUUUUUUUUUGCUUUUACUGUCUGUACAUUACAUAGGGAGCAUUUUAAUUUAAUGCAGUGGCAGUAUCUAAAUUUUUGAAAAUAUAUUUUGCCUCUAGGUAGGAAAAGACAUGUAUGUUACUAUCCUGAAGGAAAUGUAAACUAAAAAUAAAAUUUGUAUAUCCCACAGGCUCUGUACUUUACUGGGCUUACUCUGCAUGCAUUUUCUCUAAACAUUUAGGAAAUCUUCAUGGUUCUUCUUCAUAUAAAUAUUUUUAGUGGAUUUGUGUGUAUACAUAGACAGAAGUGUUACUAUGACGUGCAUAGUGCUUAUGGGGAAGGGGCUAGGAGAAGAUUGUAUAUGCCAUUUAUAACUUCUGUAUAAUAAGACCACCUGCCUCAAGCUGGUAGGAUUUGCUAAACAUACUUCAGAAAAUGAACACACAUCAGUCAUAUUUAAAAAAAAAAAAAGUGAGAAAUGAGGUUGAAUGGAAGUCAUCUUGGUUAUUUUCCUAACAUGGUAGCCCUGAAUGCCAGGACAGCUUUUUAGAGUAGUCAGUCACUUUGGCGACAAUUGGGGAAAUGUACACACACAUAGUAACCUAUAACUCCCAAUUUUCUGUAGAAAUAUUACUACUGUCUUAUCUGCCUACUAGCCUUACGUUUGUCUGUUUCUAAGAUGCUGAAGUGAAAACCAUUCCUGUUUUUACUUUUAAAGGUGAGCAGCAUGUUGGUUUGGUCUUUUCCUUCCUCCCAGUUGUCAUGUGCUUGUUAAUAUCGUGAGCAGCAAUGUGCCUGCCAUGACGCGCAGCUCUAGGAGCAGCUCUGUGGAACGGAAAGGGAGCAUGCAGCCUGUAAUCUGGUUGGCAGUGCUUAAGUUUAACUGCCUUUGACCUUUAAGGUCAGAGAAAAAGUUAAACUCACAGAGUCCUCUUCAGUUGACAAGAAUUAUUUGUUGUCCAUUUAAAUGCCUUCAUGAUAAGUGACUUAUGACUACAUAGUUGAAGUACAGAAUAAAAAAGUUGAAAUGAAUGCCUCUAGCUUGAAUGGCUAAACAGCUUAUAGAGCUCUGGGGUAGACAAUCUGAACUUCACAUCAUUCUGUUAGGAUCCUUUUGAAUUAGACUAAACUAGACCAAAAUACAUGUAUAACAAAAUAAGAUUAAAUAUCCAGCCAGUUGGGCUGGGGUUGUCGCUCAGUGAUAGAGCACUUGCCUAGCAUGUGUGAGGCCCUUGGUUCGAUCCUCAGCACCACAUAAAACUGAAUAAGUAAAACAAAGGUUCUGUGUCUGACUACAACUAAAAAAUAAACAUUUUUUUAAAUGCUUAAAAAAAAUAUCCAACCAGUAAAAUACUUUUUUUGUUUAAAUUGAGCUGGCGCAUUUUACAACUGAGCUACAUUCUCAGCCCUUUUUAUUUUGAGACAGUCUUACCAAGUUGAUGAGGCCUUAUAACAUGCAAUUCUCCUGCCUCAGCCUCCCUAGUCACCAGAUUAUAGGUGUGUACCAGUUCGCCUGGCUCAGUAAAUACUCUUAAAGAAAAUAAAUAUGAAUAGCUUUCAUAAGAUGAUAUAUCAUGAUGUAAAAAAAAAUUACCCUAAUAUACAUCAGAGCAUUUAUUUUUCCUGGGAAAACUGAUUAUUAGGCAUCUUAUUACUUAAAAAAAUGAAGUUUUUAGAAAACAAGCAAAAUUGUUAUUGUAAGAAAAAAAAAAAAAUCAAGCCUACAUUAAAAAGAAAUUUCAAAGCAUUUAAAUCCAUUUCUCAUAAAUAAAAACACUUUCCCUGGUGACAGAGGAAUGAAAACUAGCAACUUCUAGUAUAUAGAAUAUAUGAUUGGAUUGUUAGUAUAUAAAAUAUAUUAUCAGACAAGAUGGGGAAGCAUAAAAUAUUGCUCAUAAUUACAGAUUAUGUAAAAAUAUCAAUGUAAAUGCUAUUAAAGUAUAUUCUAAAUGCAGUUUUUUUUUUGUCUUGAUACUACAUCUGUCUCCUAUGGUGUACCCUGUAAGAAAUUUGUUUUGGGCAGUUGAAAUGUGUUUUAAUGGCAGAAGUUAUGAGUCAAGCCAUUCUGUCUCUCAAUUUCACCAAUAAAAUAUUGCCAUGAUUAGAGUGUUUGAAAAACUACUUAAGCCUGUGUCUGGCUAGAAGACAAAAGCAUUUGUUUGUACAUGAAUGGUAUUUCAGGGAUAUAGAAAGUAACAGAAUUCCUAGUAAACAUUUGAAAUUCUUCAAGAUGAAGAAAAUAAUUCAUUCAGUAAUUCCUCCCUUACUGGAAAGCUUCAAUCAUUCAGAUUAACAAAAUAACUGUUCUCCUGGGAGAAUCAUCAACCCACAACUACAGACAAGGAACAUAGCCUGCUGGAUAUGGUAGUGCACACCUGUAAUCACAACAACUCAGGAGGCUGCAGCAGGAAGAUCAUAAGUUCAAGGUCAGCCUGGACAAUUUAGCAAGACCCUGUCUCAAAAUAAAUAAGGGCUUGGAAUCUACUCAGUGGUGAAGUGCCCCUGGGUCCAAUCUUUGGUACCAAAAAAUAAAUAAAACAACAACAACACACACAAAAAAAUCCUUUAAAUAAGUCAUCACCUAUCCUGAAGGUGUGACACACAGAAUAGAAAUGGAUGUACAAUAUUCCCCUCCUCUUAUCCAAGGGGGAUAUGUUCCAAGACCCCAAGUGGUUGUCUGAAACCUCAGUACUGAAUCCUAUAUAUACAUACCUAUGAUAAAAGUUUAUAAAUUAGGUAAAUAACAAAAUAGGACAAUUAUACCAUAAUAAAAGUUAUGUGAAUGUGGUGUCUUAAAAUAUCUUAUUUUGCUGUACUAUGUCUUUAGACUGGUUGAUCUGGAAUAACCAAGGGAACCAUGGGUAAGGGGGACUGCUGUACAUAAUGUUCAUUUGUGUGUGUUAAAUUUUUGCUCAAGUGGGGUUAGAGUUGAAAAGCCCCACAAAAUAAAUUGAAUUAUAAUAGUUAAA